AUGGACCAUGAUGAAACUCAUAGUAAUACACCGAGUGAACCUUUCCAUACCAUUCCGAUCUAUCAACCAGACGCUUCUUCGUCUGAUAGUGAUAGUAACGAUAAUAACGAGAGCCCAGUAAACUUAGAUUCACCUGUAGAAGAAAAUAGAGAAAACGUUUUGCAACGUUCCACUACCAUUACCUCAGUAUUACAACAUAGGCCAAGAAUUCAACCACCACCGCGUUCUUUUACUGAACCAGUACCAAAACAUGAGCGACAUCCUUCCGAGUUAUCUGCGAUGGCUGAAUCUAUACAAACUAGACCAAUAAAUGUACCAAAGUUAACUCUUAGUCCAUCUACACAAUAUCAAAAUUAUAAUAGCGACGAUGAUUUUACUGGUUUAUUACCUUUGAAUUUGUUAAGUGGUGAUGAAUCAUCAUCAUCAUCUUAUAAAAAAAGUAAACAUGAACUGUCAAAAGAGAAUUUGGAAAAGACUCAUCGAAAAAGUAGUGAUCAAUCAAAAAGAGAUUCAAAAUCAUAUGAUAAUUCAAUGCGUGGAAUAAAAAAGGAAAUGUCAAGCGUAGCAAUAGAUGAUGGUGGUGGGUAUAGAGAUAAUGAACUUUUAUAUCAAAGAGAUUCAGCCGAUCUUUUACCAUUAACUUUAGUAGCUGGUAGUGGAGGCGGCGGUGGUGGUUCAACAUCAGGUGGUUUAAGUUUUUCGAGCAAUUACGCUUAUCUUUCACCACCAUUCGGACGUAUAAUAUCAAGUGAAAUAGUUGAUGGUAAAGAUUAUGUUAACAAUCUAGUUGGCCUAGUGAUUUUACCCUGUCUGUUUUUAAUAUUGUAUUUAAGUAUUGUCACAAUAUGGACUUAUAUUGAUUUAAAGAAUAAAGGUUUCGAUUCAUCAUUUACAGUAGCAUACUAUUCUCCACUUAUGCUGUUUUCAAUAUUUUACGGAGAGAAAAAAAGAGUUGACGUGUCAAAAUUUCAUGAAGUUAAUUAUGGUGCAAAAUGGUGGAGAUUUGGUACUUCGAAAGUGAGAGAAGGCAUCAUAAUGUCGAUAUAUUGUAUAUUUAUAAUAGGAUUUGUUACGUCUGAUAUAAUUAGUAGGGCUUUGAAUGAGUCAAAUUUACAAGUAUCGAAAGUGUUUGAGGAUUUUGUACCAUUUUUAUUUAUGUUGAUUAUAUUUUCUAGUGGAUUUUUUAUAUUUAUUUGGACUGUUGUGGAUCCGGUCAUCGAUGGCACAUUACACGGAAGUGGUGAAGGAAAAAAGAGGUUAAUCGGCGUGUUGCCAAAUGCUUUUAAAUCAAAGAGGGUUUGA